AUGAAACACUUAUUUUUGAAAUGUUGCCUGUGUUGUGAGAAAACUUUUGAAUCUAAAUCGGCAUUUGCUGAACAUUUAACAAAUAUAUUAGCUAAUUUGUCUUGUCCUGUAUGCAAUAAUAAAUGGUCAUCACUGGCACAUCUUAUAGAACAUUUAACUCUUGAUGAAUGUCAACCUGAUGAUAGUCUUAUAGAAAAUUUACAAGUAAUUGAUGAUAACAAUCCACAGAUUGAAAAUACAUGCUCUUUAUUAAAAACUUAUGAAGAGAAUGGUAAUUUACAGACAACAGAUAUUUCAGAAAGUAAUAACUCUCCCACUUCCAAUGAAAUUACUGAUGAAACAGCAAACACUUUACUUAGCGAUGGCAGUGUUUAUUUAGAGAUACUUGAUAAAGAUAAAACAAAAUGUGUGACUACACAAGAGCUUAAACUGGUAAGCGGUAAUAGAGGAAUAGAGCAAUAUGUGAUCAUGUCCACUGGAGGUGGUGAUAUAAAUUUAGAAAAUGCAGUGAUGACUAGACAAAACAGUGACGGCACUAUAUCUUUGCAAGCAAUAAGUGAUAUGAAAUUAGAAUCUGCUGCUGAGACUGUUAUAGCUCCAUCAGAAAUUGAAACUGAAGACAGUAAUGAAGAGCUUUACAGUUGUAAUACUUGUGGGGUUUCAUUUUCAUCUGUACUUGAACACAUACAGAACUACCACAAUGAUCAGGAAGUUGUUGUAGAGGAACCUUUAGAGAAUGAUGAAAUCCCCAUAGAGUACGACACUUUUGAAGCAGAAGAUUCCGUUGCAGAGAAACAAGAAACUCCUAAACGAGUAAUCACUGACAAUGGUGACAUUGUUGAUGCAGAUGUGGUCAGUGAUCCUUUAGAGAAAGGUGGUCCAUAUCACAAAGUAAUAGUUAAAGAAGUAAUGAUGUAUGGAGAAAGUGUAAAAACAUAUUUUUGUAUGUCGUGUAACAUAUAUGUUAGCAAUUUAGAUGACUUCAAAAAUCAGCCAUGUAAAACUUUUAAAUACCCUUGUCCUCAUUGUCCCGUCGCUUAUGAGAACUCUAAAUCACUUUGUGCUCACAUGAAAGUACAUAAAGUUAAAACAGAAGGUAUUAUAGCAGCACCAGCGGAAAACUUUGAAUGUGAGAUAUGUAAUACGAUGUUCCAGACAAACAAAUCGCUGAAAUUACACAAAAGGAUGCACGAUCCUAUCAAAUCACGACCUAUAGAUCCGCCAGUAGACACUAGUGAAGGCACAGAGGGCAGCUCCGGCCGGUAUAGAUGUAACGUUUGUUUCAAAAUGAUACCUGUAGACUACCGCACUAUACACCAGAACUCGCACAAGACAGACGACCGUAUGAACUGUGGUAUAUGCAAUAAGAAAUUUCAUUCUCACGAAUAUUUGGAAAUGCAUAUGAGCGUCCACAAUUUGGAUAAGGUACCCGCAAAUAAAACUGAUAAAUCACUGCCAUACAGCUGCGUGUACUGUGAUCGAAGGUUCGCAAGGCCACAUGAAAAAGUCAAACACGAGAGAAUACAUACAGGCGAGAAGCCUCACUCGUGCGAGAUCUGUGGAAAGUCUUUCCGUGUUGCUUACUGUCUCACUCUGCAUAUGCGCACGCACACCGGCGCGCGUCCAUACGCCUGCCCUCUUUGUGGGAAACGGUUUAAGGCGCACAGUGUAUAUAACCAUCAUUUGCUCACUCACUCCGAAGUGAGGCGUUAUAAGUGCCCUUACUGCCCUAAAGCUUUCAAGACGUCUGUACAGUUAGCUGGACAUAAAAAUUCCCACACUAAACCCUUUUCUUGCACACACUGUAAUAGACCAUUUGCGUCACUGUAUGCAGUCCGCGUACAUACAGAAACUCAUGCGCGUCAGAACAAUUUAAAGUUCUCGUGUACAUUAUGCGGGGCGAGUUACGCUAGAGCGUUCGCACUCAAGGAUCACGUGAAACAAGUCCACCAACAGGAUAUAGACACAUCUGCACUGAACGCUUCUGUGGAUCGAGCACAGACUAGUUUACCAAAAGUCGAGGAUAGCUGGACUGUCAAACAAAAUGAGAAAAAUGCAGAAUCAGAAAUAGAAACCAUUGAAGAUAAAAUCAUGACAUCAGAGAUAAAUGAACUGGAUAUAACAUCCGAUCAACUGUAA